AUUGGAGUCUUUGUCACCUUCCACUGCCUGGGUUCCGGACGUCGUGAGGGUCCCAUUCGUCCUCUAGCGGGAGGUGGAGACAAAAACAUCGCUCCUAGCUCGGAGCCCAGGGGGCGCCGCGCCAGCAUCAGCCUCCGGGAGGCGGGCACAGCAGCUGGGAGGUGGCCUGCAGCCCGCCAAUUGCGGAGGGGUGAGCCGAGGGGCGAGAGUGGUCCUUUACUCCGACUCAACGUCACGGCGCUGCCCCCGCCCCUUCGCCGGCAGCUGCUGGGCCGGGCGGGUAAAACAGCCACCGUGUGGACUGCCGCCGAACGGCCCAUCCCCUGACACCCUGGCCAUUAACUUCUCAACUUGCUGAGCUCAUUGGAAUGGCAUAGAAAGGUCUGCCACAAUGCUACUGCUGCUGCACAGAGCUGUAGUCCCAGGGCUUCGACAGGCCUGCAGACUCAAGUCAACCCCCUCAAGGUUCUGCAUUCAGGCCUGCUCUACAGAUGAUUCGUUUCAGCCCCAGCACCCCAGCCUCACCUUCUCUGGUGGUAACUCCAGCACCAGGGGUUGGAGAGUCAUGGGAACCCUGCUAGGCCUCGGUGCAGUGUUGGCCUAUCAUGACCAUCGGUGCAGGGCUGCUCAGGAGCCACCACACAUAUACACGAGGGAGGAAGUGAGAUCCCACAGCAGCCCUGAGACUGGGAUCUGGGUGACUUUGGGCUCUGAGGUUUUUGAUGUCACAGUUGUGGACCUACACCCAGGGGAAUCAAAGCUGAUGCUAGCAGCCGGGGGUCCUCGUAGCCCCUUCUGGGCUCUCUAUGCUGUUCACAACCAGCCCCACGUGCGUGAGAUACUGGCUCAGUACAAGAUUGGGGAGCUGAGCCCCGAAGACAAGGAACCCUCCACCUUGAAGACCUCUGACCCUUACGCUGAUGAUCCUGUACGUCACCCAGCUCUGAAGAUCAACAGCCAGCGCCCCUUUAAUGCAGAGCCCCCUCUUGAGCUGCUGACAGAAAACUACAUUACACCCAACCCUAUCUUCUUCACCCGGAAUCAUCUGCCUGUACCUAACCUGGACCCAGACACCUACCACCUGUAUGUAGUAGGGCCACCUGGGGGUCAGUCCCUCUCCCUAUCCCUGGAUGACUUGUACCAGUUCCCCAAACACGAGGUCACUGUCACUCUGCAGUGUGCUGGUAACCGGCGCUCUGAGAUGACUCAGUUCAAAGAAGUAAGCGGUCUAGGGUGGAAUGCAGGGGCUAUUAGCACUGCACGCUGGGCUGGGGCACGGCUCUGUGAUGUGUUAGCCCAGGCUGGUCACCAACUCUCUGAAACUGAGGCCCAUGUCUGCUUUGAGGGACUGGACUCAGACCCCACAGGGACUGCCUAUGGAGCAUCCAUUCCUCUGGCUCGGGCCAUGGACCCUGAAGCUGAGGUCCUGCUGGCAUAUGAGAUGAAUGGGCAGCCUCUGCCUCGUGACCAUGGCUUCCCUGUGCGGGUGGUGGUUCCUGGUGUGGUGGGUGCCCGCCAUGUUAAAUGGCUGGGCAAAGUGAGUGUGGAACCAGAGGAAAGUUACAGCCACUGGCAGCGGCGAGAUUACAAAGGCUUCUCUCCGUCUGUGGACUGGGACACUGUAGAUUUUGACUCGGCUCCAUCUAUUCAGGAACUUCCUGUCCAGUCAGCCAUCACACAGCCCAAAGAUGGGGAGACAAUAGAGUCAGGGGAGGUGACUGUGAAGGGCUAUGCAUGGAGUGGUGGAGGAAGAGCUGUAGUCAGGGUGGAUGUGUCUCUGGAUGGGGGUCUAACCUGGCAGGUGGCUGAGUUGGAUGGAGAGGAACAGCGCCCCCGAAAGGCCUGGGCCUGGCGGCUAUGGCAGCUGCAAGCCCCUGUACCACCUGGGAAAACGGAAUUGAACAUUGUUUGUAAGGCUGUAGAUGACAGCUACAACGUGCAGCCAGACACGGUGGCCCCAAUCUGGAACCUGCGAGGAGUGCUCAGCAACGCCUGGCACCGUGUCCAUGUCCAUAUCGCCCCAUAGAAGGUGAAAUGGAACCAUCUACUCUUCAGAAUCACCUUCUCAACCCCUUUCCACAUCCAUCCUUUGGCCUCAUUACCACAGAAAAAUAUUUCCCUCUACCUCUCCAUGUCUUGGAUCACAACCCUGACUAUGCCUUCCUAAGCCACACAAACAUACACACCACACAUUUCCACCCAGGCAUCCACCCUUUCUUUGACACUGUAUUAUAUACUCCUCCUGGCUACUAACCCUGUGCCAGGAGGUGAGAGCUGUUGGAGCAGAGGACCAGAAGUGGGAAAUUCUGGAAAUAAGCACUAUUUUCUCUACCUACCCUAUCUCCUUUUCUAAUGCUUAUCACCACUGAAGCCUUAUUUUGCUUUUCUUCUUAGGGUCUUCAGAGAAUGUGUGAGAAUAUGUGUAAGAAAACUGUAUACAAUUUUUUACUGCCUCUGUAGUUUGCCAGGGGGUGUGAGGGGCUCAACCCUCUCCUUUUAUAGUUACACUUUUCUAAAUACUUCAAUAAAGUAUCUGUUUAAGACUACCACUA